CACAUUUACAGAACUGCGGUAUGAUACAGGCAUGAGGGCAAACGAUAAUCUCUCGUCUACGCAGGUCUGAUUAAAUCAUGGAUAACAGCAGUUUGGGAUGGCUCGGAGAUGCUAACACGUCCCUUCAGAUUGAGCUUCAGCCGUGUACUACAUCAAGGAACCAGAUUGCACGCGUUUUCCUGUAUGCCUUCCUGUCUGUUGGCAUCAUCUGCACGGUGGUGGGCAACUUCCUGGUGGUCUUGUCCAUCGCUUACUUCAAGCAACUGCAGUCCCCGACAAACUCUUUCGUCAUGUCCCUGGCAGUGGCCGACUGUCUCGUUGGCCUAGUAGUUAUGCCGUACAGUAUGAUCCGGACCGUGGAGGGAUGCUGGUACUUUGGUUCCCUUUUCUGUCAGCUUCACUCCAGCCUAGACGUCAUGCUCUGCACUGCUUCCAUAUUCCAUCUCAGCUGCAUUGCCUUUGACCGCUACUAUGCCGUCUGCAACCCCUUGGUUUACUCCUUAAAGAUGUCCCCCAGUCGGGUGGCUCUCCUCAUUGCCGUAUGUUGGGCUGUUCCCAUGCUCAUUUCAUUUGGCCCCAUUAUGCUCGAUCUUCACGUUGCUGAUGUCGACAUAUUGCUUCCUCAAGAUGCGUGCGUGUUCUUGGUCAGUCGCAUUUACGCUGUCAUGGCUUCAUUGGUAGCCUUUUACCUGCCCAUGGCUAUCAUGCUGGUGGCCUACUGGAAGAUCUUCAAAGCUGCAAAACGACAGGCCAGGCAGAUCAGCGCCAUGGAGAGCCAGAUGGCUGCUGGAGUGGGCAAAGACUCAAGCAAGAAAAAGAAACACCGUAACACCAUGAAGAGGGAGAGGAAGGCAGCAAAAACUUUAGGAAUCAUUAUGGGAGUUUUCCUUCUCUUCUGGAUGCCCUUCUUUACAGUCAACAUUGUGGACCCGUUCAUUGACUACAGCACAGAGGUGGUCGUCUGGGAUAUAUUUCUGUGGUUAGGAUAUAUCAACUCAUCUCUAAAUCCCUUCCUGUACGGCUUCUUCAACCGUUCCUUUCGUAGGGCAUUCCUUAUGUUCAUGGGCUGCAGGGUAUGCAUGUCUGGAUCAUCCCCUGGGAUGGAGUUAUCGCACACUAGGAAAGAGGCAAAUGAAUGUGCAGAUCAACCAUGAAAUAAAGAUAAUAUGUGGACAUUUUAUGUGGGUCUAGAAAGAUGAGAGUACAGUGAGGGCAGGAUUUUUGUGAAUCAGUGGCUCUGUUAAAACCAGAAUUUCUGUUACCAGCCAGACAAAAUAUGUUUGAGGCAGUGAAAAUGAUUAACUGUGAGUUAUAACACUAAUGAGGUGCGACUGCCAACAGCCAUGCCUUCGACCGUGAUGUAUGAAAUCACCUGUUUGGCUUCCAAGUGCGUGCUCUGUGGCACAAACAUUGUGUGAGAGAAAAAGAAUCAAGUUUGAUUCUGCCACAACAGCUUUCCCCAGUACUGGCACUUAAACGUAAAUUAACUUUGGGUAACUUCCACGUAUUUCCCUGAUUCUGUUGUCCAAAGUAGGAAAUGUAUCAGUGAUAGUAGUAGUUUGACUCGAUGUCCACCUACCAGACAGUCAACAUGUAUCGCUAUAAUAUAUUUAUGUCUAAAACAUGUUUCUUUGUUGAAGUACAACUGUUCAAAUGACUGAUGUGUAUGUAUACCCACAAUCAAAACUGUUGUAUGACCAUUAUGACAAAUCGAUAUUGAUGGUGAUAAACUUUCAGUAACGGAAAAGGAAGCUUCAGAAUAUCCAAAAUGGAACCAAAUGAAGCUUUGAAAGUGUUUAAAGUGAUUUUUUUCCCUCAUCUACAACUAAUGAUAAAGAAGACAAAACUACACCUAAAACACCGACAAGAGGUUUUAUGUGACAGAAAACAAUUCCCAAGGCUGAAAUGAAAGUAGAAAGGUUGGAAGAUAUGCAAGGCAAGACUUGAAGACGCUACAUGAAGCUUCACUUGGACGAUUUACAGCUCAGGUAAAAAAAAAAAUACUGAUGCUUUUGAUUCUGUAUUUUUCUUUUGACCCCGUCAAAUGGAUUCCAAGUCCCAGAAUUGUAGACUUUUGGCAUCAUCACCUAACCUGACUGUAAUAUAGAUGAGUUUCAUUUUAACCAGAAAUCAUAUAACAAAAGUUCAAAUUGAGGAAAAAAAUGAUUUGAAUUGAAAACACAGGUCUAAUACUAGUAUAUAAUAAACAGUAAUGGUGUAACCUCUU